GGUGUUACAUUGAGGAUGAAUUUGGUCUUUAAAAUUACUUAGUUCUUGGAAAUAAUUUGAUUUACUCCAAAUGAAUAAUGAAUCCAUGAAUUUCAUUUGCCCCAUCGGGCUACACAUUACAUGUAUUAAAAUUUAAUAGAUAUGUGAGGAUUUGAUGUAAACCCUGGGGAAACUAUAGAGUGCUAUGAUUUUGAAAUAGCAAACAUUAUUAUUAUUAUUAUUAUUAGUAGUAGUAGUAGUAGUCGUCAUAUUAUUGUUGUUAUUAUAAUAAUACUAAUUAUAAUAAUUAUUAUUAUUAUUAUUAUUAUUAUUAUUAUUGUAAUUAUUAUUAUUUUGUUAUUCUUAUUUUUCUUCUUCUUCCUAUUAUUAUUAUUUUUAUUAUUAUCAUUAUUUUAUUAUCAGUAGUGGUAGUGUUGUUGUUGUUGUAAUUAUUUUUAUCAUUAAUAGCAUAUAUUAUUAUUAUUACUAUUAUUAUUAUUAUUAUCAGUAGUGCUAGUAUUAUUGUUGUUGUAGUUUUUCUAUUAUUGUUAUUAUUAUUAUUAUUAUUAGUAGUAGUAGUAGUAGUAGUAGUAUUAUUACAUCCAGAAUGGUAAGUGCAAUUUGCUGCCAGACCAGCAGGGGGCGCAGGUUCACACCGGAAACCUUGACGUAAGAACGAGGAAGAAAUCUGUACACGGAAGUCAACCAGGAUUUUACAUGCAUGCAUUUGUUUGACUCUGUAGACUUAGUGGGUUAGGUUACUUUUUAUCUACCGACGACAAAGCACGGUGCGAUGGCUCUGAAUGACGAGGCAGUCGGAGUAAAAACCCGAAGAGGAUGAUGAUACGCAGUUUUGAGCGGAGGGUUGAGAUCCACAGCGGGUCAAUGGACGUCAGGACUUGAUGUGGAGCUGUUUUGACAGCUGGGUUGAGACCCCAGUAGCUGGUCUGUGUGUGUCUGAGAGAGAGAAGGGACUAAUCUGUGGAGUUUAAUCUUACCAAACAGUGUACUUUAUGUAGAGACAGACGGGCAGGUCAUUGAAGUUAUUUGACAGCGCCAGUGGAGGAGCGCGGAAAGGUGAGGAGGGUCUCUCUGGUCUCUGCAGGGUUUGACUCUGGAAGUUCAACUCUUUCUGACUCCAAACUCUUCUCCACUUUCACUCCUUUUUACCCUGUUAGUUCUAUCACAACUCGACCACCUCCUCUAAUCUUAAUCUUACUUUGCAACUCUUCCCUUUCUUUGUUUUCCAGCUUCCUGUUGCCAAGUGGCCAUGGCCUCACCCCGGCUCAAGUACCUCUCUCUGGGAGUGCUCGUGUUUCAGACCACCUCUCUGGUGCUCACCAUGCGGUACUCCCGCUCCCUGCAGGCCGAGGGCCCGCGGUACCUGGCCUCCUCAGCCGUGGUGGUGGCCGAGGUCAUGAAGAUCCUAGCCUGUGUGCUGCUCGUCUACAAGGAGCACAGUGAGUGUACAAUGAAUAACAAGACAAAAGCUGCAAAACCUCAAGUUUCAGAUGCUUGCAGCAGCUUCUGACAAUGUGUUUGUUAGUCAUGAUAGUGUAGAAUUGAUCUGACUUAUAGUAGGGCUGGGCGAUAUGCAAAAAAGUUUAUCAUGAUACUUUUUUUAAAUAUCACAAUAUAAAAAAUGAAGUUUCAGGGCGUGUUCACACCACCCUCGUUUAGUCUGGUUGAACCGAACCCUGGAGCGUUUUCCCCCUUGAUGCGGUUCGUUUGGGUCAGUGUGAACGCUGACCUUGAACUCUGGUGCGGACCAAAUAAACGAACUCUGGUCCUUCGAAGAGGUGGUCUCGGACCGUUAUAAAGUGAACUCUGGAGCUGUUCAUUUCUGGUGUGAACGUCACCCACACCAACCACAGGAAACGCACCACACCAACGACGUUUCCGUGCCAGUGACGACGAUGUCAUCCUCUGUUGAGUCUUCAUUUACAUUUCUGCCGGGGGUAGCACUGAUUUUCUUUUUUUCUCACUGACAGUGCUGUCGGCUUCACGUGUUUAAGUGCUAUGGUCGCGUAUAGCUGCAGUCUGUUACUACGCCAUUGUUUGCUACUUGGUUCUAAUUCAGCACAGGAUUGGUUCAGUGCGAAGCGGACCUGGAGCAACUCCCCUUUUCAUUGGCUAUUUAUAUAGUCUUCCAAAAAAUAACAGAAUGCUGACCAUCAAAAAGCAUAUUGACCAUGUUUUAUAUCGAUAUCGAGGGAAAUUAAUUUUCGAUAUAUAUCAUUAUCGUUUUAUCGCCCAGCCCUAACUUAUAGACAAUCUGAAUAUAAAAGAUUAUUUUCAUUUUAAUGAGUAGAUAUGUUGUAUCACUCCAGUAUUUAUCAAAACAUAGAACAGUAGGGCUAAAUUUUAAUUCCUUUGCUGUAUUUAUAUUGCAGAUUUUUUCAUUAAAUAUCAGUCAGUGAACAUGUUCAAACACCUUUCAAGCAGGUCAAUUGAACAUUGAAACCCAAGCAUAGCAUGUACAAAUGUAGUAUACCUGAUGUUAGCGAAGCAUUUGUAGUACCACACAUGCCUGAAUGCAAGCAUAGCAUAGUCAGAGUUGAUGUUCACCAUCAUUGUGAGUAUGAUCAGGUUAUUCAGGUUGCUCCUCCCCUUUUUUUUUUUCACUCCACAGAAUACAGCAUGCGAGCUCUCAACAGUGUCUUGCGACAGGAAAUUGCCCAUAAACCCAUAGAAACACUGAAGCUGGCUAUCCCCUCUGGGAUCUACACCCUGCAGAACAACCUGCUGUAUGUUGCCCUGUCCAACCUUGAUGCAGCCACCUAUCAGGUACAGCAGAUUCAAGAGACGAUCAUGUUGCAAACCUCCAUGAAUCCAGAGGAGGCAUGGAGCUGAUCUGUCUCCCUGACCUACUUAAUAAGUAGCGUAUAAACUUGCCGAGGGUUUGUUUGAAUUCCCCCCCUCUUUUUACCUAAUAGGUGACAUACCAGCUGAAGAUCCUGACCACAGCACUGUUCUCAGUGUCUAUGCUGGGGCGUAGACUUGGCAUCUAUCAGUGGCUUUCACUGGUGAUUCUUAUGGCUGGAGUGGCUCUUGUGCAGGUACAGUACAAAUCCAUAUCUGAAUACAACCCCUUUGAAUGGAAGCAAGAAUUCGUUGAUUUGAUUUCCAAGCAUUUUUGAUUUUCAAAAUCCUACUAGAAAAAGACAAAUUUAGAGGAGCGCCAUAACUGCCACAAACCAGAAGUCCCUCACAGUUGCUUUGAAUGAAUAUUAUACAGAUAGUGAACCCAGAAAACCACAUUACAGCUAAUAGUUCCAGAAAAACUAUGUAUAUACUGAAUGGUAUCAAUAAGUUUCCAAUGAGUUGUGAUAGGCAUAAGCUGACAAAUCUUUGCAAGGGCCAAAAACCACAUCUUACUGCUGUGAAUCAUCAAAGGGGGUAAAUAAGUACCUUCAGUCUAUACAUCUUUUCAGUCAGGAUUUAUAACACACAUCAAGUUUAAUAUUAACAUACUCCAUGAAGAGACUCAGCCUGAGGUGCCCAAAGGAGUGUCUGUGGUUGCGAGAUUAUUGUCAUGUGUAGUAACAAGUUUCCCUCGUUGCUUCAUAACAACAAAUGAUUAAGAUUGCUGAGGUUUUUCUAUUGGUUUCAUAACAAGAUGGAUUUGACAUUUAGGUUUGAAUCAUCAUUACAUGAAAUUGCAAAGGCGGAAAAGUCUCGUGUAAAAGCAUUCCCCCGUUUAUACAGUUCAUUCCAGUAAGAGGUUUGCAGGGAUGAAGUGUGAGAAUCCAUACAUUCAACAGGGUGAACAUGUGAACUCCACAUGUAAGGACCCCAGCUUAAAAAAGUGCUUCUAAUGAUUUUACAGUUUCUACCAGUCCCAUUUCCACACCCGAGCAGCUGCUGUUUCGAUUCCAGUAAAACUAUUUCCACUGAAGCAUGUUAUUCAAACCCUUUCGCACUUUGGGUGUUUUCGUUUAAAAAUAAAACAAAAUCAUAGGGUUUGAUAACAACAGCUAAAUACUUUCCACCAAUAGUUCAGCAGCUAGGUAGUGAGUGGUUAUAAAUGAUGAAGCCCACUGAGCAUUUUUUUGGUCUAAAAGAGGUCUAAUAGACGUCUAAAUGUAGCCUAAAUGACUGGUCUAAAAUCAGGCUACCACAGGUCUAAAAAUAAAAGUUACACCAAGUCUAAAUCUGGGCUAUAUCUCUACUAUACUGUUUAUUGCUCAACAGCUAUCAUAAUUAUUUUGGUUAAGUACUUGGAGAUCAGUUAUACAACUCAGCUGUUUUUUUAAAUAAAUAGUUAUCGAAUAAUGGGUUAAAGUGCAACGUCUAAAUUCUGUCUAAAAAUAUACAGAAUCUAGACGAUUGAAAUUACAUCUAAAAAAAAAAACUAGACGUCUAAUAGCCGUGUAUUGCUCAGUAGGAGGGUUUACUGCCAUCAUAUAAUUUGUUUCUCCUUAAUAAAAGAAGAAAAUGACAGUGAGUCACUAUUACACCCUGAUGUGUCUGCUGGUUUUAAUGCUGGCAGAGUGCUUUGACAGAAACACAGCAGAGGUGGAGCCCAUGAAGAAACACCUACAGUCAUUUUCAGGGUCAAACAAAUGCCAGCAUUAACUCCCAAACAAUGUUACCUGAACGGUGGCAGUAAAUUAUCCAUAACACAUUGUGACAGCUUGAAUUAAAAACAGGCUAAAGAUGUAUAACCGGCAGCCAUAACAGAUAUGUUUACAGACAUUGUCACCCACUAAUGGAGUUUGCUAAGAAAUAAUUGGCUUGUUAUAAAUGAGAUAAUUUUCUCAUUUUUAUUCUUUCUCCGAGGUGUGUGUUUGUACUUCUCUCUCAGCAGGUUUAUGUUUUUACUUCUCACUCAGCAGGGUUUGCUUUGCAUGAUGAAUGAGGUUUAAAGGUAGAGAGCAAACAAACAUUUCUUGCAUAUUAAACAACCUUUAUCAGAGAAUUAUUCUGAUUUAUCUGUAUGUUGAGAAAAAGUGCAGCUACUAUAUUUUUCUCCUUUCUUACUUCGCACAGCAAGAGAUCAUCACCUUUUUUUCUCUACCUUUUUCCUUUUUUGCAUGGACGCCCAUUUUUCUGCUGACCGCAGCUCAUAACGCAGGAAGUAACACUGCAGCAUUUUUACAACUCUGCAAAGUUGUGAAGAUGCCUGAGUUUGAAUUUCUUGUAGAUUCAGAGAGAAAUCUGAGGUCCUCUGUUUGCCAGUUUACAUCUCAAUAAGCAAACAGCUGUAGGUAUUUUUAGAUAGAGAAGUGUAUCUUUUGGCUAUUUUUUUUUUUCAUCCAAACACAUGUAAGAUUAAGUUAGUAAUACGAUUUGCUCCUGUUGUUCUCUUUUUAAAGCAUACCCCUAAUAAAUGAUCAUACAUGCCAUGCAUUACAAGAGCAUUGUAUUGAGAUUCAAUAUCUGCCAAUAUCUCAAUUUUUACACACUAUACCUUUAAGUGUAAAGUCUGUAAACAGGGCAAAAGCUAACAAAAGGGAAUAAAUGAUAGAAUUGACUAUAUUCACGGGAUUUAAAUUUAUAAUAUAUUGAUACAGAAAGUGCCAGCAGCACAAGUUGUUAGACUUUCAUCAACAUAUUCAUGAAGAAAUGGAAAGAAAUGAACCACCUGUCUACAGGAACAUGCAAGAACUGUCAGCUUUGGUUUUAUAUUCAUCAGUCAGACACGACAGAACUGGUGUACUCAGCUCAAUAAGUUCUUUAAGUCACUCAAUGCUGGCCUAAAAUAAACACUGUAAGGAGACAGCAGCAGCAGCACUUGGACUUAAAUCUGUUUGUGAACUGGUCUGACUUUUCUUGAAGGUCUGGUUUCCAGUAUUGGCAUAUAGUAUAUUUAACAGAAGGUCCUGCUAGUUAGCAGGAUGUAAUUUGAGAUGAUCUAUUGUUAAAAACUACUGUCAGAAGGAUAAGUGGUGUAGAGAGGCAGAUAUUUCUUUAACUGAGGAUGAGUGGGGAAAGAUUCUUGAGCAGCAGUGGAAAAUAACCCGAUUCCUCUCCUGGAAAGAGCAUGGUAGGGAAAACAUGGUAUGGUUUUGCACAAAUAAAAUAAAAAAUAAAAAUGCAGCGAUAUAAAUGUGGCAAAAAAAUAAUACUUAUCAUUUCCAUGUCUUUUGGGGUUGCCCCUUAAUUUUGGGGUUUUGGGUUGAUUCACGGAGUUCUAUGGAAAAGGUAUUAAGGAUGAAAAUCCCACUUUUAUUUGAAGAAAUUUAUCAGGGAAAAAUAGACACUGAGUAAAAAGAUUCUUUGAGCAAAUACAUGUGAAGGAUUAUGUGAGUUUCAAGCAAAAAGGCUAUAACAAGGAACUGGCUCAGGGCUGAGACACACAAGGAGGAAGAAUGGUAUAGUGUCAUACAUAAUAUCUACAUUAUGGAGAAAAUGACUUUUUCUCUCAGACUGGAACAGGACAAGUUUGAGGUUGUGUGGAAAAACUGAAUUGAGUUUAUAGCGUCAAGUAGACCUGAUUUUAAUUGAGUAUAGAAAAAAACAAAAUGAAGAUACCCUCGGUUCAUAGCUACAAAGUUUAAACUAUUAUCAUAUGUCUGUGUUGUUUUCUUCCUCUGUAUUAGAGCUGUUUUUUAUUUUCUUUAUUGAUGUUUUUAUUUUCAACAUAUUGGCUUUUGUGCCUUGUGUUUUUAUUUUGUGUAGAAAAAUAUUGGUUAUAAUAUAAAAGAGAGAUGAAAAGGGGAGUGUGGGCUAAAUUCAAGUGUUACAUCUCAUGAAACUUGUCUCAAUAAAAAGAGAGAAAAAAAAAACUACUGUUGUAAGGAGAUCAAAAUUAAACUCUCAAGCUCAAGCUUUAUUGUGAUACUACUACUAUGUCUUCUUGUGUUUGUAGUGGCCCUCAGAGUCUGCAGAGGCCCCAAAGAAGGAGGAGGUCAGUGCAGGCUCCCAGUUUGUGGGUGUGACGGCGGUGCUGGUGGCGUGCUGCUCCAGCGGGUUUGCUGGUGUCUACUUUGAGAAGAUCCUGAAGGAGAGCAAACAGAGUGUCUGGGUCCGAAACAUUCAACUCGGUUAGUAUUCAUCAGUCUGCUGAGUCAGUCAGUCGUCCGUGUUGAAAACAUGAAGAGAUUUGGCCUCCAUGUUCCUGUAGUAAGCUUGUGUGUGUUUGUGUGAACAGUUUCUUUUCUUCCUGCUCAAAGGGCCAGCUGGGUUUUUUACCUCUGAUAUGUUUCAGUAGAGAUGAAUGUUCCUGUCUAGUUUAUUUUUACCCCGGAGCGUGUGAGGCAUGUGUUAAGUCUCCAGCGACUCCUGGGUGUGUGCUCAGAGCUUUUUCACCUGCAUUAAAAUCUGAUGCUUAGAUCUGCAAAAGAAAACAGAGAAGGAAAAUGUUUUCCUUUUUCUUUGUGAUUGUUGCUGUUGUAGGAAGUUCUUAAAGAGUAGCAGGAAAUGUAAAUUUGGGAAAAUCAGGAAGAACUUGAUCUGUCUGAUAGGAUGAAGAAGUGAUAUCAUGAAGUCACUCAAGCCUUUUUCAUUUAUAGUAUCCUAUAAAGAUUAACAAAGUGAAAAGUCACAUCCAAGACUGAAUAUGAAUUCAUGGCCUCCUUUCUCUCUGUGUUUCCAGGUAUGUUUGGUCUCGUCUUUGGUCUCUUUGGGAUGCUGGCCUACGAUGGAGAGAGGGUGAGGGAGUCAGGAAUGUUCCAAGGAUACAACACAGUCACCUGGACUGUGGUAGCUCUGCAGGUAAGGUUGACCUGGUAACGCUUUCUUUUACGGUACACUUAUUACUAGGUAAUUAACAGGUAAUUAUGUAGUAACAACAUGAAAUUAUCUGGUAAUUACACGAUAACUACUAAGUCAAUACUGUCUAGUUUUUCUUUUUUUCUUUUUUCUGUGCAGCUCCAUUUUUAAAAUCUAUUUGGGGUUCUUAUUUUCUAUGAUUGACACUUGAUACAGCCUAUGGGCGUGCAAAGAUUGCGUAGCGAUACGCUGUUUGAGCCGAGCAUUAUCACGGCAACUCACCCGCCGAAUGCCUACAAUGCUACUGCGCAAGUGGUGGUUCCAGGAAGCGGAGAAAAUCCUGGAAAUACCAGAGCAAUUCAGCUUCAAAUUUGUAUGAUGAUGGAAGGUUACCUACCUGGUAGCUAGACAGUAUUGACUUAGUAGUUAUUGUGUAAUUACCAAAUAAUUUCCUGUUGUUACUAGGUAAUUACCUGUUAAUUACCUGGUAAUAAGUGUACCGUAAAAGAAAGCGUUACCGUUUACCUGACUGAAUCAACAUGUUUUCCAUCAAAGCGAUGAAAUAUAUUAUCAGCCCUCUGGGGUAAAAGUUUUUUAUGUCUUGGGUCAGACUCUCUGUGAGCCCACACAGGUCGUGCCUUUGUCCAUCUGUGUCUGCGUGUUUGUUGUUUCUUCAGGCGCUGGGGGGUCUGGUCAUUGCAGCGGUCAUCAAGUAUGCAGACAACAUCCUCAAGGGCUUCGCUACGUCGGUCUCCAUCAUCCUGUCAACACUUAUAUCAUACUUCUUGCUUCAGGACUUUGACCCUUCAGGGUAGAAAAUUACACUUAACAUCUCUCCGUCAUUACUCUUUCUUUUUCUCAUGAUUGCAGUUUCUCCAGCUGACAGUUUUGUCUUCUGCCUUCCACAGCGUAUUUUUCCUGGGGGCUGUCCUGGUCAUUGUGGCCACUUUCCUGUACGGCUAUGAAGGCAAGCCUUCCCCGAACCCCAGCAGGGCGUAGGACACUCACCGCUGACACCGCUACAACAGCAGGAAGAGGUCCUGGUGAACCGUCUAGAGGUGGAGGGGGGUAAAAGAGGACAGAGGGCUGGAGAGAAAGAAGGGGAGGAAAGGUCUUUAUCAUAUAUUGUGAUCACAAACAUAGAGAGCAGUAGGAGAGGAGGCGAGCAGGCUGUUAACUGAGGACAGGCAGAAUGAAAAAGAAGGUCAAGAAAUAAGCAAGAAUAAUGCUGUGAUUGGUUUUCACACACCUCAAGUGCCUCCACUGAGAAGGGUGACCAAUGAGAAAAGAAACCCAUGGUGAAACAGGAUUGUGUGUUUCUCUUUUUUUUCCCUAUAAAUACUGCUGAAGAGCUAAUCCUGGCUGCCAUGGCUCCAGAUGUGGAGAAGUUUUCUUGUUGCUACCUGGUGAUUUUUGAAAUUAUAGUCCCUUUGACUGCCAGUCACACAUCAAUCAUACCUAGCAGUAAAGGAAGACACAGACAGACAGUAAAUCUGCAACAAAACUGUAGAUGUAGCGUAGUAAAUCCACAAUGUCAGCUGUUUCACCUCAGAGUUGCAGUAUUUAUCGUUCUGAGUCUUUCUUGUCCUACUUCAAGCACUGAAAGGACAUUUACUGAGCCCUCCGUUUGUCAGUACUCUCUCUUAAUCUGUGAACAAUACACAAUCAACCAGGUUUUGGUUGGCUUGGGGGCCGGGUCGGGGUCGGGGCUUUGUAGAGAAGUGCGAUUUGUCCACAGCUUAGGAGGCGGGUCUGUCUGUGAGGCACAACACAAGGUAAAAUACUGAACCGCUAAAUGCAGCAGGAGCCUUUUGUCAGUAGUUAUAUAGGAUUCACAGUGACCAUAAGGUAUUGUUUCCUUAAUUGCGGCUCUCGCGUUGCGUUUAGUUCAGCUAUUUUUGGAGACGUUUUUUGUUGCCAGGCAACAUAUUGUCACUGAAACAUCUUGUAUAACAUAUGUGUCUCAGUGACAGAUCUGUUUUACUGAAGGACUCUGGUCUGUCUGAAUCUGUUUGUUUGAUUUAGUAAUCUGGAUUUAUGAAUAAGAUGCUGAAACUAAAUAAUUCAAUUCAUAACUACUGCUCUUGAUUUAAAGAGGGAUUAUCUUUGGAGGGUUGUGGUUUUGGGGUGGAAAUUUUCAUAAUAUGAUAAAGAUGACUUUGUAUAAUUUGAAAUGUUUCUCUUGGGUGUAAAUAUUAGCACCAUUUAAUCUAUGAGCCUGGAUGGAUUGUCUGUGUAACUUAUUCAUUCAUUUAUAAGGAGAUUACAUGACUUCUUAAAGCCAUUGAUGACAAACAUCCAGUUCAUUUUGUCCAGUGUUUGUGUGAUAAUGUAUCACAUAAUAUCCAUUGAUAUGAUCCACUGAUAUAACAUCCUUUGGUAUGUUUUCUGGCAAAGUAAUCAAAUUACUGAAUAGGGCCCAGCUGAGUGAACAGGCUGAUUUGUUGACACUCGCUCGCUCAGACGUCUGUGAGGCAUUAUCUCCAUAGAAAGUAAUCUCUUAUCAGAUGAUUUGACAGGUGUUUUUCCUUUUUUGGUGAUAAAGCGGGUAUAAUGAACAACUUCAUUAUUUUAUGACCAAUAUGUGAAUCUUUUAUAAAAGACAAAAAAUGUAAACCUUUUUCAGAAUUUGUUAUUUGUGUUGCAUUUCUGGUGUGUGUCCUUCCCAGACCUUAUGCACACAAAAACACCCACAUCAUCUUUUUAACAGCCAAAUCCAAAGGCCUCUGGCCUUACUGUGGAUUCUUACUCAAGUACAGCUCAAACUGCAGUGUGUUACAGUAACUUACUGUUUUACAAAACAUUUCUAAUCAGUUAAUCCUUAAUUUUGUUCAGGAUGAAGUUUUUGCACAUUGACACAUCUCCCUUAUCUAAUUUAAUACUUGGCAUGUCACCACAGAAGCGCAAACUACAUAAAAUGAAUAAAUUCACACUGUGUUAUUUUUGGCAUUUGUUUUAAUGAAUUUAAAAACACUGCAUGCAAAAUCCAGACAGUCUGAGAGAAAGUACUGUAACACGCCAGAGUUUUGUGUCCUCUGUAUCACAACUCUGUGAGACAACAUUACCCAGUCAUUUGAAACUAGUAACUGCAUUUGACUCCAUCCAAACAGCAGAACAAUAAGGAUUAACAACAGGCUCCUCGUAAUGGGAUAUGUGUUGUUUCUACCCUCUGCUCUUCAGGCACAUCUGUUACUGUAAAAGACACUUAAGGUCCUAAUACGCACGCAACAGACUGUCCAACUUUGUGAUUGAGAAUAAAGUCAUAUUUUCCCUGCAGUUUAUUUAAAUCGGGAGAAUGUAAACAUUUAUUUUA